AUGGGCUGCACACCAUCUCACAAUGAGAUUGCUAGUACUGCUUCAAGAAGUGGUCUUAAUGCUUUGAAUAAACCCAAAAGUGUUUUGCCGAUUGAUCCAAGAGAUAAAGGAAUCCCUCUGCUGGUUAAAGGUUCAUCUUGCUAUGAUAUUGAUGAAUUACACCAGAGGAAUGAAUACCUGGAAGAAGAGGAGGAUAAGCUAUCAGAGCAGGACAACAGCGAUAAUUUACAGUUAUCUCCCAAGACUCAUUCAGAUUCCCAGAUUCCCAGGGAAGACAAGAAAACUGAGAGGACAGCCACAGAUGCUGAAGUCGUCAUGUCUGAACUGAUUGAGUCUCAAAAGCACAUCACUGAGUCCAUACAGAUCAGAAAGCAAACCUCCUGUGACUCAGAAGCAGCAGCUUUCAUUUGGGAUGACAAGAACGAAAGCAACGCAAAGCAAAUCCCCAAAAAAGGAAAGAAGGCAAAAAAUAAGCUGGCAAAGCAAGGUCGACCUAGCAAAAGUAAAGUCAAGUCCAUCCUGGCCCCGUGUGAGGAAGAGAAGAAGGUAGAUUUCCCAGAACCACUCGUUAAGGCUCACCAGAGUGCAUAUGCCUACUUAAAUCCUAACCUCUCCAAAUAUGAAACUAUAUUGCACAUGGCCACCCAGGCUACCCAAACUCAGCUCUUCCUACAGCAGAUGAUAAGCUUUCUCGUGUUUCGCUUUGAUGAAAUCAACCAACUCUUGGAAGAAAUUGCCAAUGAUGGGGAAAAUCUCCUCAAAGAUGUAAGUGGGAAUUUGGCAUGGCCAGCAGAAAAAGACGGUUUGAAGGAGCACCCUGAUCUUCUGCAACAACUACUACAGUACACGGUCAAUAAAAUGCAGUUAGUGAGUGGGAUGCUGGCCUCCCUCACCUCCAACGCCCUGCAGGAGACAUGCAGCUACCUGCAGUCUGCUGCCAGCAACUUGGAAGGCAAACUGAAAGCCAAGCAAAGCUUUGAUGAGCACUUGCUGCGGAUAGUAAGGCUGCUUGAAGCCUCAACUGUGGGAUGCUCUCAGUCCCAUGGUGAGGACAGGACUCUCUGUUCUGAGGACAGUGGCAUUGGCGUGGACAGUGAAUCCCUCAAAGAGUUCAGUGCUCUCAGCCAGCCUGGAGGACAGCAAAGUGACUCUUAUGGACAUGGACCUCCAUCCCAAAAGCAUGCCAGAACAGUGGGGUGCAUGAAAGAUGGGACAGUGUCACCAGACACAGCUGUGUCCCAUGACUGUGGACUUGAAAGACAUUUUAAACAUUUUAAAGGCAUAUUUCAUUCUUCUGUGCAAAACAAGGAAGUGACUUCUUCCCAGGAUGGAGUACCAGAAGGCACUUCUACCAUGCCCCAGUAUGCCAGCUUGAGCAAAAGCCAUUCCUACAACUCCUUCCAGUCUGAAUCUACUCAGGAAAGUGAACAUUUCAAAAUCUAUGAAUCAAGAGAUUUUCUUUCUGAUGAGGAUGACGAUGAUGACGAUGACGACGAAGGGAGCACCCUGGGAGAGGAUGAUGAUGACACAAGUUCAUCAGAAAUGGGGAAGGAUGGUCUGCCAAGGAGGCCCCAGUCUUCACCUGCAAUCACUGAUAGCACGCAUAGGCAGUCCAUCAAGAGGGCGGAGAAUGCAGACACAGAAGAAAUUAUUCUGAAGAUGAAAGAUGCCAUCAGUGAAAAAAUCAAGUUCGUCCCAGCUAAAUCCAGGCGUAAAGAAUGGACAGAGGAUGAGAGUGGAAGAGCAGUCCUAGCAAAAAGGCCCAGUACAGCUACAGGCAGCCAGAAAACAUUUGGGAAACAACGACGGUCCAGGUCAGAAGAGUCCCUCAGAAGCCAGGCAGAGGACCCAACCCUUCUAGAGCUUCAGAGAACUCAAAAAGAGCUCAGCAAAAGGCUGAAAAUGUUUUAUGGAAAGGAUACAGCUAGCAACCCAGAGCUUUGGAAAGCAAGAACAGCAGCUUAUUUGCAGAAUGAGCAAAUUAUAUCUACAUCCUCACGCAAACUGAAGGCGGGACUCUCAAAAAAUUUCAGCAUCCUACCUAACCAGGAUAAAGUCCCUUUGUUCACGUUUGAUCAAAAUCCUGACCAUCAGCUGGAUGGAAAAAGAGGUGAGAAGCCUUUAAAUGCUACUGUACCCACCCAGGAGAUGUCAGGAGGCAAAGAAAAUGAGCCUCCUGGAGCACAAACGCCCAGUGGCAGCAGCUGUGUUCCCCGGCAGUCUGUCAAAAAGCUUAUUGAAACAUUCAGUCCUACAGACAACCUUGUAAAAGCUGUACCUCUAAGAUCUUUAGGACCAAUAAAGUGCAUCAGAAAAUUUGGACUUCCAGUCGUCCCAGCCAGCAUUCCCUUUCAGAGAAGCCUGGCACCUUUAAAUCUUAAGCAUCGUAUUUCACCAGUAGAAGACACAAACACUUCAAACACCAAUGUUGCUUCUUCUAACUUUCCAAAUGCCUUUCCUCCUGCACCACCUGAACAAUUAGGCAAGACGGAUAUGAAGGAAGAGACUGAUGAAGACACUGAGAACCUGCCACCACCACCACCUGAAAUGUUAAGGGACACUUCUUUUGAAAACUUAUCUGAGCCUGAAGAAACAGUAAGAACAGAAGAAAACUCUUCAGAAGAUGCCAAAAAGCCCACCAAAACAGAAUUUCAUACUAAUAAGAGAUCACAAGUUUCCCCAAAAAUGAAAGCCUCCCUUCAGUCCAUUGACUUAUUGCCAAGUAAAAAUAUCGGCGGCCCCAGUGCAAUGACUAAUAAAGGUCUAAAGAUUACCAGGUCAGGGGAUGAGAAACUGCCGAGGUACUCUCUGGAGCUGAACCCUACCAAUGUGCACAUCCCCAGCAAGGAGGAGAUAUUAGAAACCCAGAGAAAAGAGGCUGCGGAUUUAUACAAGCAAACUCAUAAAAUUAUUCCUCUUCAAAACCCCAGUGGGAUUUCAAAACCACACAGCGACAGCUCAGAGAGCAAAGAGCCCAAUUCACCUGCAACUUCAGUGCCAUCUCAGAAGCACAGCUCUCCUGAUUCACUCAGGAGAAAUGAAAAAGGCUCACCAUUUGCCAGGAGGGUCUCCCCAACAAGAACUCCCCCUUCUUCACCAACUGAGAAAAGGAUCUUCAGCCCCCCAGCACAUCACAGACACUCUCUGCAGGCUUUCAGCAACGUGCAACCAAACUCACCCACCACGCAGAGGAAGCCCAGUCCCCCCUCUAGUCCCAGGAUGCCCAGCCCACCACCCUCACAGAAGAAGAUGCCCUCUCCGCCACCCCAGCGAAAACCCCUCAGCCCUCUUGUGGGGCACAAGCAAAGCUCGCCAGCACCACACCGUCUGGGGGGCUCCCCAGCCUCCCACCGAGAUGCAAGCCCCGCUCCAUUCCUCACCACUCCCUCCCCACCAGCCUCCCCAUCUCGUUCCUACAAGGGGCCAAGAGCUGGGCUGGAUGCUGGGGACGAGCACCGGCUCCCCUUCUCCAAGAGGGCCAGUAAUGUCCGUUCGAUAUUUUGCCCAGCCACCUCCUCCUUAUUUGAAGCCAGACCUCCACUGGCACCAACCAAAAUCACUGCUGAGGUGACCAGCCAGCCUGAAGCUUCAUCACAUUCCCAAAAGAGCAGUCUGCUUUUCCGGCAGCCAGGAGACCGGACCAGAAAGCUGUCCCUGACCACCGACAACCCUCAGCCGUUUGUAAGGAGAAGUUUCUCUGAUCGCCGACCAGGGGUCCAGUUUCACCCUCCAGCUUCUCUAACAGCUGGCAGCGAGCCCGCACUUCACCAAGCAAGCUUGGAGGAGAGCCCUAGAAAAGCAAGUGAUUGUUGGAACAACUCUUGUGCUCCUGAAAUCAAAGACUCCAACAGAUCCGCUUCCCACCCUGACCUCUACAUCGUGGGCCAGGGGCUGCAGAGGGACUGA